AUGUCCAGGUAUGGCCUCGAUGAAGGCGUCCAGCAGCUGACGCGAGCAGCGGAGCUGGGCCUUCCAGAGGCCUUGGUGAACCAGGGCUUUAGCUAUUUGAUUGGUCCCGGCAUCCAGGAAGAUCAGGAGGCCGAAGGCUUGAAGUUGCUCGAGCUCGCGGCCCAAUCGGGCGACCCGGUCUCUGGUGCGGAAGAGAUGCGUUCCCUGGCAAAGCAGCUGGUUCAAAACUAUCGUCAGUGCCGUGACAGGUUCCGGCACAAGCCUCUUGAGCCUCAAGUUGAUCCACUGAGCUGGAUCGGCUUGAUCGUCGUUUUGGCGCUGCCGCUGGUGCUCCUAUGGGUCUUUUGCAUGUUUCGGGAACGGCCCAAAUUGCUUGCAGGGGACGCAAGCCCAAACUUCUGCAUUCACCUCGUUGAUGGCACUCAGAGAAGCUUUCAUGAGUUUCUGUGUCAAAGACAUGUACCAACCUUACUGGUGUUCUACCAUACCCUCCAACCACUUGGAAAAGAUGAAGGGCAUUUGCUGAAAGUCUUCCAAGAGCUUGAAGAGAUAGACCAGCUGGUCAGCUAUCGAGAUGAAGACCUUCAGUGCAUCAUGGUGAACGUGGAGUCUAUGCAGAAAUGUCAAGACAUUGCUGCCUCCAGACCUUUCGGCACGGUGGUCCAUGGCCACGCCGUGCCGCCGAAGGCCUAUUCGGCCACUGGGCCAGUCCGGAAGAUGUUAGUCGAUGUGGAGGGGAAGAUCGUGAAGAUCGACGUGCGACUUCCAGACGACCUGCUAGACCUGCUCACAUCUGCUCAGACGUGA